AUGUCAAAAAUUAAUAUCCCAUCUUUUGAACAUGAACAACAUAAAAAAGUAACAAUUAGACAAAAUAAACCAAAAGAUUUGACAAUUGAAAAAAAUAAACCAACAAAUGUAGAUAUUAUAGAAAUAGAACUAGAGGAAGUGGUAAUUAAACAAAAUGAAUCGGAGGGAGUGAUUAUUGAAGAAAUUGAAAUAGAAGACUUAAACAUUGAACAAAAUGAAUUAGAGGAAAUGAAAGACCAACCAGAAGAAAUAAUAUUGGGUAAAAAUCAAGUAGAGAAAGUAAAAAAGUGGCAAGAAAACCAAAAGAUACUAUUGGAAAAUAAAGGUAAUAAUAUUUUAUUUGAUAACAAUAAUAAUUAUAUAAGGAUCAUAAAAAUAUGUAAUGUACUUCAAAUUUUGUUAUGCCAUUUUAAUUAGAAGCCACUGAAGUAAUAGAAAUAGAGUUACUAAAAAAUUUAGCUAAAAUGCAUUUAGAAAAUUGA